GCGCGGUGUGCCGUCCGGGCUGCCCGCAGCCCCGCACCGCCCGUUCCGUGCUGGGGGAAAGGCAUCGCAACGGACCGGAGCCGCCAUGGGAGCGGCGGGAGAUCGGCACGGCUUUUACGUAGGGCUGGGUUUGGCUUUGGCUUCCAGCGUUUUCAUCGGGGGCAGCUUCAUCCUGAAGAAGAAGGGGCUGCUCCGCCUGUGCGGCCGCGGUCGUCCCAGGGCAGGGCACGGAGGACACGCGUACCUGCGGGAGUGGCUGUGGUGGGCAGGGCUGCUGUGCAUGGGAAUUGGAGAAGCAGCAAAUUUUGCUGCCUAUGCCUUUGCCCCUGCAACGCUGGUAACUCCGCUGGGUGCUCUGAGUGUCCUCGUUAGUGCGGUUCUGUCUUCCACCUUCCUGAAUGAGCAGCUGAAUGUUCAUGGCAAGAUUGGCUGUGUCCUAAGCAUCCUGGGCUCCACAGUGAUGGUAAUCCACGCUCCCCAGGAAGAAGAGGUUUCCAGCCUGGAGUCAAUGGCAGAGAAGCUGAAAGAUCCAGGAUUCAUUGUGUUUGCUGUGUGUGUCCUGGUGAGCUCCCUCCUGCUCAUCUUUGUGGCUGGACCCCGUUACGGACGGAGCAACGUCUUGGUUUAUGUUUUGGUCUGCUCUGCCAUCGGCUCACUUUCUGUAUCGUGUGUCAAAGGCUUGGGGAUUGCCCUGAAAGAACUGUUUGCUGGGAAGCCAGUCCUGAAAGAACCGCUGGGCUGGGUGCUCCUGGUGUGCCUGGUGAUCUGCAUCAGCGUGCAGAUCAACUACCUGAACAAAGCCCUGGAUAUCUUCAACACAUCCGUGGUCACUCCCAUUUACUAUGUGCUGUUCACCACCUCAGUCAUGACAUGUUCUGCCAUCCUCUUCAAGGAGUGGCAACACAUGGUGCUAGACAACAUCAUUGGCACCAUCAGCGGCUUCCUCACCAUCGUGUCCGGCAUCUUCCUCCUUCAUGCCUUCAGGGACGUGCCCUUCAGCCCAGACCUCCUGCCCCUCUUCCUGCAGCAAGGCAGGGCAGACCUGCGCACGGCGUGGAGGGACACAGACAGACAUCAGUCAUGUCAGCACCAGCCUCUUCUGCCUUCGGAGGACAAAAGCUCUCAAAGCACAGAAGAGGAGGAAGGUGAAAGUGUAUGAGGAAGCUUCUGA